AUGAGCAUCAGCAAGUUCCUGCUGCUGUGCAUCAGCCUGGUCCUCCUCAGCUGCUGCAGGGCGGCUGUCAUCACUGGGGCAUGUGAGAGGGAUGUGCAGUGUGGCCCGGGCACAUGCUGCGCAGUCAGCCUGUGGCUACGGGGACUGCGCAUGUGCACACCCUGGGGCGUGCUGGGUGACGAGUGCCACCCUUUCAGUCACAAGGUGCCUUUCAUUGGAAAAAGGCAACACCAUACGUGUCCUUGUCUACCCCAUUUGGUGUGUGGCAGAUAUACAGAAAGUAAAUACAGAUGUACCAAUGAUUUCAAAAAUGGUGACUUUUAA